CUAGCCGUCCCCUUCGCCUCCUCACUCCCUCGCCGCCUGCGCCGGAGCAGCGCCCCGAUCCCCCACCCCGACCCCUUCCCUCUAGCGGCGGCGCCCUGCUGCCUCCUCCUCCGGUGAGCCCGCCGCCGCAUGCCCCCCGCGUUAGUAGGGCUGCACCGCCUGAGGAACGCGGGAGAUGGAUCCGAUGGACAUCGUGGGGAAGUCCAAGGAGGACGUUUCGCUCCCGAAAUCAACAAUGUUUAAGAUUAUAAAGGAGAUGCUCCCACCUGAUGUUCGAGUGGCAAGAGAUGCACAAGAUCUUCUUGUUGAAUGCUGUGUAGAGUUCAUCAACCUCCUAUCAUCUGAAUCCAAUGAAGUUUGCAGCCGAGAAGACAAGAAAACUAUUGCUCCUGAGCAUGUUCUUAGAGCUUUGCAGGAUCUUGGCUUCAGGGAGUACAUUGAAGAGGUUCAAAUGGCCUACGAACAGCAUAAGCAUGAUACCCUGGAUUCUCCAAAAGCAAGCAAAUUCACUGGGGUGGAGAUGACAGAGGAACAAGCUGUAGCUGAGCAACAGAGGAUGUUUGCUGAGGCCCGUGCAAGGAUGAAUAAUGGUGCCGCCAAACCAAAGGAUCCAGAACCUGAAGCACAGCAGCAAACACAACCACCAUCACAGCCUCAGGUGCACCCCCAACCACAGCAACCCCUGCAGCCUCAACUUCAGCCCCAUUCUCAACCACAACAACAGCCCUCUCAAAUACUGCUGCAUCCUCAAUCGCAGCAUAUUCCGCAACUUCAACCUGAGCUCCGCCCUCAACAGCAGCAGUCCUCACAGCUGCAACCACAACCUCAGCUCCACCCACAACUGCAGCCGGCCCCACAGUUGCAAACGCAACCUCAGCUCCAUCCGCAGCCGCCACAGCCUCCACAAAUGCAGCCACAGCAGCCUCAGCUCCAUCAGCAACCGCAGCAGCCACAGCCAUCGCCACAGGCAGAGCUGCAGUCACAGUCACAACCGCAAACAGAAGAAGGCUUGGACAGUUUGUGAUUCAGAUUCUGUGUUGUGUAGCCUCAGUAUAAGGAAAAGUUGGUGCACUUCUGCUGGCAUUUACUAGGACUCUGCCGCCUUGUUAGUUUUAGGUUGCCAUGCUUCAUGUACAAUGUAAAUCCAGUGUGAUUUCAGUUACCAUGUUGCUAAUAAUCUGAAGCUCUCUAGUCACUGAUGAUAAUACUGUAUCAAACACCCUUUCUCUGACUCUUAAUGGGACUCUCUGACUUGUAUGACUGUAGUAGUAACAUGACAUCUGUGAUGCCUUAUCGAAAGGAAUUCCAGUAUUAGUGCA